AUGAGACUGUUAAUUAUAUUCACGGGGCUGUUACAUAUUUCUAUACAGAAAUCUACACCAGAGGAUAGCAGCUAUGUCGCUGCUGUGGUUGAGUUUGAAGUCAAUGCCAACACGGAUACAAAUAUUCAAAAUUAUGUUCAACUGAUAAAAGAUGCUGCUGCACAGAAUGCCGAUAUCGUAGUAUUUCCAGAAAUGACGUUGAAUAGAAGACAAAGUCAAAGCAUAUCUGUCCCAAUAUAUGGUUUGCUAAAGGAGUACCCCAUUCCUGCUUUAAAUGCAGAUUUGUACAAUGAUAUAUUAGUCACUAUAUCUUCAGCGGCCCGUGAAAAUGCGAUCUACGUAGUGAUAAAUAUACAGGAGGUAAUGAACUGUGAGGACGCCCCGGGUGAAGAGUGCCCCGAGAAGAAAACGUACUAUUUCAAUACAAAUGUAGUACUCAACAGAGAGGGAGCAGUUAUUGAUAGAUACCGUAAAAUUAAUCUGUUCGGAGAAUACACACGCACGCCAGCACUGAAGCCUGACUUAGGAGACUUUACAACGGACUUCGGCGUUCGAUUUGGUCAUUUCAUCUGUUUCGAUCUGAUGUUCCAGAUCCCAGCUAUUCAGACGCCUCAAAAACUGAACAUUACGAAUAUUAUAUUCCCUACUAUGUGGUUCUCAGAGAUGCCAUAUCUUACAGCGGUCGAAAUUCAACAGGGUUACGCUGCGCAGAUGAAUGUAAACUUCCUCGCAGCUGGUGCAAACAACGUUAGAGUCGGAAGCACAGGCUCAGGAAUCUACUCUGGCAAGGCAGGAGCCCUUAUAAGCCUCAUGGCAGGAGCUCCUACCACACGUUUAAUGGUUGCGAGAGUUCCAAAAGUUCCUGGACAGGUAACAGACUCCUACCCAGGGCCAAUAUAUGAUGACCCAUCAAUACAUGACAAUCUCUUCCUUAAAAGCGAUCCAUCCUUAUCAGCUCACACAAGCCAGCUACUAGUACCAGGGUACCAAUCUUUCGUACUGUCAAGUGGGGAAACAAUGUGCAAUUUUAGAGUUAAUAUAACACAAACGAAUGAUACGAGUUUGAAGUAUCGUGCGUUUAUUCAUGAGGGAUUUAACAUAUACGGAGACAUUCGCCACAUACGAGUUGCUUCAUGUUCUAUUCUUUCGUGUUCUUCUGAUAAUCCAAAAGACUGUCCGUACAGAUUUAAGGAAGAUGAGGAGAAAAUAGAAUUCAAAGAAUUAAGUAUAGACAUUUUAUCACAUCCUCUUAAUUAUAACACAACGCUGAAAUGUGACGACGUAGAAUACUUCGGAUUGUCAUUAAGAGACAAUAAAUUCCCUCUUAACCCAGCCAAUUAUACAUUUACAAAACAUGAAGAUGAAAAAGCCAGUUAUUCAUUUAAAAUAAACGCAGCACAGAACAAUUUAGUAGCAUUUGCAAUUUGGGGUAGAAUUUAUAAUGAAGAUAAGUUAUACACAUAUCGAGCUGGUGUCUUAGGUGGUGUCCGGACAUUCGAUGGUGUUGCGAGCGGCGGGUCUAUGUCCUGCUGUAUUUUUGCUUGCACUGGAGACACCAUCGACACAUGCGCGAAAAGGUUCGAUAAAUACACUUCGAACUCGCUGGCAACAUUCGAAGAGCUGAGUAUCUUCGCGUUCCUUACACCUCCAAAGCGUAACGAAGAAUUGGAAGUCGACAACAUUGCUUACUUCCCAGUAUCUUUACAACCGACCUUGUUACCAUUAGAAGUUAAUGAUUAUUCUUUAGAAACCACGUCACUCUUCGGAGUAGUAGACAUUUAUAAUUAUACGCUUCUGAGAAAGGAUAUUGAGUUGUAUUCUUUCGGUAUUUUUGGACGGGCCUUUGAAAAGGACGACCAAGAACCGUCACCUCCAUGGGUGGAGGAGGAGGCUGAUACUGAAUCGCCGGAUGACGAUGCUGUCCCAGGAUCAGCAACAACUUUGCAUUCAGUAUAUAUGUUAGUCGUUUUUAUAUUUGCGGUUGUCAUUAUGUAA